CUUAAACAGAAAAAAGACUCAAAAUAUAUAUAUAAAAAAAAGUUUAAAAAAUGGGUUUGAAUGAUGCAAGUAUAUGGGUUGUUAUAGGAUUCCUAGUUAUCUUACAUAGAUGUAUCGUUGCUGCUAAUGACGGAAACACCUUGAUGGUAAUGAAUAUAGGCGUGUUCGUUGAUCCGAAUGCUCGAACCGGGAAGGAGCAAACGGUUGGAAUAGAGAUUGCAGCUGAGGAUUUCAACAAGUCUCCGAAUAACAAGGUGGAGUUGCAUUUUCGAAACUCUAGUAGGAGCAAUCCUCUUCAAACAGCCUAUUCUGCAAUUGAGUUAAUCAAAGAAAAGAAAAUUGAGGCAAUAAUCACCGGGACAGAAAACUCCGAGGAAGUGGCAUUGAUGGAAGAAAUCGCGAAUCAAUAUCAAGUGCCAGUUCUUUCUCUCGCAGCAGCUUCUUUAAGAUCGUCGUCACAAGUGGAAAAACACUCUUUCUUGGUGCAACUAACCAACGAUUAUUCACUGCAAAUUAAUUGUACUGCGAUGUUGGUUCAAAAUUUUGGAUGGAAGAAGGUAAUCGCGGUAUAUGAAGAUGGUGAAGAUCUUAGUACAAUAUCUUCAAUGUUGGAUCUCUUCUCUAAAGAGCUUCAAGGAGUUGGAUCAGAGAUUGAACAUCUUUUAGCCUUGCCUCCUGUUGGUUCUGUGCCCUAUUCAAAGGAACUGAUCGAGGAGCUAGCUAAGGUAUUUAGCAUGCAAUCGCGUGUGUUUGUAGUCCUUGACUCUUCCUUGCCAAUGGCGAUUCAGCUGUUUAAAGAAGCCAAUAAUAUGGGGCUAAUGGGAAGAGAGACGGCGUGGAUUGUUACAGAUAGAAUUGCAAGCCUACUCGACGCUCUUAAUUCUUCUACAAGAUCUUACAUGGAAGGCACACUUGGGAUCAAGACUUAUUAUGAUGACAAUAGUCAAGAUUUCAUGGAUUUUAGUCGUGCAUUUUUAUUGAAAAUGAUAGCAAAAUAUCCAAAUGAACAAAACUUUCAUCCUGGAAUUCAUGCUUUACGAGCAUAUGAUGCCAUCACAACCAUUGGAUAUGCAUUUGAGAGGAAAAAACGUCAGGACUACAAUAUAUCACACGCGUUAAUGCAUGAAAUUUUGUCUAGUAAAUUCACCGGAUCAAGUGGCAAAAUUUCGAUAAAAAAUGGAGCAUUGGAUGAAGAUGUUAUUCUGUAUAGGAUAGUAAAUGUUGUUGGAAAGAGCUACAAAGAACUCGAUUUUUGGUCCCCGAAAAUUGGUUUUGUUGAGAAAUUAAGAGAGGAAGAUCACAAAGAAAAUAGUAGUGAGAUUUUAAAUAAAAUGCUAAACGGAAUAGUAAAUUGGCCAGGAGAUAUUAAACAUAAUGUUCCAAUAGGUUACACGAUGCCAAGUACAAUGAAGCCCUUAAAGAUUGGAAUUCCUGGUAAUCCACCUUUUGACAAAUUCGUCAUGGUGGAAACUUUGAAUAAAAACAAGACUACUUACACAGGCUUUUGCAUUGACGUGUUUCUUGAAGUAGUCAAGAUUGUGGAAGAAAGUUAUGGUCUUCCUUAUGAGUUUGAAGUUUUUAAUGGCACCUACGACGAAUUAAUUUACCGCGUCCAUGACAAGACAUAUGAUGCAGCAGUUGGUGACAUAACAAUAUUGGCAAAUAGGUCAAAUUUUGUGGAGUUUACUCAACCUUACACCAAAUCUGGGUUGUCAAUGAUAGUGCCUUUGAAAUCCAAGGACUCUCAUAAGGCAAAAAUGUUGAUAAAGCCUUUCAGUUGGAAGUUGUGGUUAGUUACUCUUUGCACCUUGUUGUAUACCAUGUUUGGUGUGUGGUUGAUCGAGAGUCAAAUUGCCAAAAAUUCAGACUUUGAAGGGAGCUUGACUAACCAACUAAAUACUGCACUUUGGUACACUUCCAGCUCCAUUUUCUUUGCCCAAAGGGAGAACAUACAGAGCAAUUUAACACGCCCACUGGUGGCAGUAUGGAUGUGUGUGGUGUUUGUAAUGACAUCAAGCUAUACGGCAAGCCUAACAGCAAUGCUCACGGUUCCAUUGUUAGAGCCAAUUAAGGUGAGAAAUGUUGAAUGGCUGAAAAAAACAAACUCCAAAGUAGGUUGUGAUGGGGGCUCAGUGUGGGAUUACUUAGUAAAUGUGCAGAAAUUCAACCCACAAAAUAUAAAGAAUGUUAGCAGCCAAUAUGACUAUCAAGAGUUAUUCGACAAUAAUACAAUUGUUGCUGCCUUUCUCGAGCUUCCAUACAAGAAACUCCUCGUCAACCAAUAUUGCAAAAGCUUCACUAGCACCGAACACACCUUUGGAUUUGGUGCACAAGGCUUUGUCUUUCAAAAAGGCUCUCCAAUAGUAGAUGAUGUAUCGAAGGCUAUACUAAAAUUAUCAGAGAAUGGAGUGCUAAAAGUAUUGGAAGACAAAUGGUUUUCCAAUUCUGAGUGUCCAGCUUCCUCAAAUGUUGUUGAGAGAUUAAAUCCAAAGGAUUUUCUCGCACUUUAUAUCAUAUAUGGUGUAAUUUCUUUCGUAUGUUUAUUGUCUUCGGUAGCUUAUAUGAUCCGGAGAUAUCGAGCAGCCAUUGCAAUUUCAUCGAGUGAUAGAAGCAUUGGACAUUGGAUCAUUUGGAUGUUUAAGUUUGUACAAUUUUACCAUGGAGGAAAUCACAGAAAUUCUCAGAUUACACCUACUACGGAGACAGAUGAUUGGGAUGCUCAGACGCUGGAAAUUCCUACCCGUACUACUUAGUAAUUAAAUACAUAAACACCUUUCUAUGUAACGCAUGUUUACUAUUGAAUAUAUAUGACAACAUUAUCGUUGUUAGUGAUUUGAAUUGAAACUCUUUCGAAUAUGCAAUAUUUUAACGCUGUAUAUUGCUCAUAUGUAGUUCCUUCAUUUUUUUUAAGGAAUAUUUGUUAA